AUGUUCUCUCCUACAUCCCCAGCACUCGCCUCAGUAUCGGAAGCCGACGAUAAGGAAAAGAAGCGGCAGCAAAAUCGCAUUGCCCAGCAGAAGUACAGAAGAAAUCAAAAGGCCCGCCUGCAAGCUUUAGAACAGGCAGUGAUCGGAGAACAAGCAUGGCCAAAAAACGCGCUGGACUUCUAUCCCUUGGAGCAGCCCUCCAUGCUUCCUCACACCUCAUCCGUCGACGACCAGUUUAUGUUCUCGGAGAUAACCGCACCGCAGCUGGGCCGCCCAGUUCUUCAUCGAGCCGUUCACGCCGGCAAUGAAACCGUGAUACGACUAUUAAUAGACCGUGGAGCCGAUAUCAAUAAAUGCGAUGAAUACGGCAGAUCCGUCUUACAUGUAGCGACGGAGAACGGCUAUGCCUCAAUUGUGCGACUGCUAGCAGACCACAAGAUCGAUGUCAAUGCUCAGGAUAUCCAAGGCCGGACCGCGCUUUUUCACGCCGUGCAAAGUGGCAACGAGGAAAUCGUCGAGCUCCUCUUGAGUGCCUCGAUUGACCUAAAUUGUAGAGACCUGCAUGGGAACACUGCUCUUCAUCUCGCAGUAGACGGGGGGUCGGAGUCACUCAUCAAUCUCCUUCUCUCUCAUGGUGCCGAUGUCGAUGCAUGA